GUCCUCGGACACACCAGAAGGACGUCACGAUUUAGUACCUGGGUCAGACGACCGAGGUCAGACUUACGAUGGGGCUGUAUGCAAUAGUUCUAGUUUUGUUGGUGGCCUUGGUUGUUUUGCUAGGCCCAGCCAGAGCCCUGCCCUCACCCUCGGCUGUCCCUGAGGCUGACCCCGUGGCUGGCCCUAUACCUGGCCCUGUAGCUGACCCCGUGGCUGGCCCUAUACCUGGCCCUGUAGCUGACCCCGUGGCUGGUCCUGUACCUGGUCCUGUAGCUGACCCCGUGGCUGGCCCUAUACCUGGCCCUGUAGCUGACCCCGACCCCUUCUUUGGCCGGUACCGGCCUUGGUGGCGUCGCCGCAGGUAUGGUUGGGGCCGCCGCCGCUGCUGCUUCGGGCGUUAGAACCAUCGCCUUCAUAAUGUAUAGUGAUACUCUCUCUUAGAUGAACAGUACAGUUGAGCCGCCCGUAAUAUAUAAGUAAUAGGAAAUCUUAGUAAUAUUGAUAUAUAGUGUCAAGGCUUAAUUGCUUACGAUGAUUUUCAAAUAAUUUUCCUGUAUCCCGAGUUAAACAAUCAAAGUGCCAUAUGUUGAUGGAAAAAAGGUUAUGUUUUUUGAAGGAUCUGUUACAGUUGAACUGCAUCUUUUACAAGUUUAUUUAGUGUUUCAAUAUUGAAAAAAUCUUAUUUUUUUUGUGUAGAUUGACAUGUAAUAAAUAUUGUGAGCUUAAUCCUUAAAGCACAACCGCACCCUUUAACAUUACUAGUUUAGUCUAACUCCUCUCCAAGUUUGGCAGGACAAGAAAGCUUACAAUAAAGUUGUUUUCAUUUCA